ACUGCUUGUUAGUGCUGCCGUAUCCAAGGAAAUUAAGAGUUGUUUUUCUGCGGCGUUAAUAAACAAAGCGAAAAGAAUUCGAAAACUACUCGUUAAAGAGCUGCGCAAAUGGAGCAACCAGCCACAGGAGGCGCCGCUGUCCAGCCGGGCGUGUCCCCCGUCCACAUCCACGACACGGACCACCUCCUGGACCCCGUGCUCUCCUCCACCGACAAUGAGACCUUCAAGUUGAACACAGUGCCUGCAUUUAGCCUUCAUCUUCUUAUCUCCACUGUGAUCUCCAUUGUGGGGAUCGUUCUGGCGGCCUCGUUCCCCACAGAUCGCCGCUGCGAUGCCUACUUCAUAAUGCUCUAUCUGCGGGCCACCUUCUGGGUUAUCACAUAUCUCUUCGAUCAUUUUGUGAAGAUAAAGCACAACGAUCUGCGCAUGAAGGGCUAUCACGAUUUCCACCGCGAGACGAACAUGCAGAAAGGGAUUCCCCUCCAACUGGUCUCCCUGUGGAACUCCAUGCUGCUGGCCGUCCAGGCCUUGAUCCACCACUUCUACGCCGAGAACUUCUGGGAGCACUGCGCCGCCGGCUGGUUGUCGCCAGUAAGCUAUGUGACCGCCUUCACGGUGGCAGAGAAUGUGGUGUUGGCCGUCUCCCACAGUUUGUACAUUGACAAAGUGCGUAAGUUUAACAGCGCUAAGUUGCCCCCUGAUGUUCUCCGCGGUUCGGAUCGCGCCGCCGGUUCCUUGGGUCUCAUGCAACCCGGAGGCGACACCGAGGAGUUGCUGGAAAAACAGGCCGACCUCAUCGAUUAUCUACGUGAUCACACGCACAAGCUCAACCAGAAGCUGCACCAAAUGCACACUAGCUUCCGAGCAUCGAGGACUCCUCAAAUUCCUUAAAGACGAAUAAUUCUAUUUCUGCGUAUUAUCAUAUAUUUACUGGUGGUUCUCUUUAUUUUAUUAUUUUGUCCACGACGAAGAAAUAUUCUUCAAGAAAAGCAAUUGCAAAUGCAAUUGGGUGGUAACGAAAAAAUUGUAAUAUUAAAUUGUACAUACAGAGAACGCAAUUCUUAAUCCGCGAUCAGAGACUAAAGUCAUUGGAUUGUAUUGAACAAACAAGUGUGUGUGUAAAAAACUAUUAAAUUAUAACUGACUUAUGCAAGUAAUAAUAA